UCCUUCUUUGUAGAUCCUCUGCAGAAUUCUGUAAAGCAUUAAAAUCUCUCAGAACAAUAGACAUCAGACUCCAAUAUGAUGUUCUUCUUGUUGUUUGGUCUUUCUCUGGCUGCUGUUGCUCCUUCGGACGGACAGGAGAUGAAGCUACUGCGUGGCGACUGCCCCAUGUUCUGGUACAACUUCGAUGGCCGCUGCUACAAAUACGUGGCCACAGACAUGACCUGGGCUGAUGCAGAGCAGCACUGCCUGUCUCAAGGAGCAAACCUGGUGUCCAUCCACAGUCUGGAUGAAGAGAACUUUGUCAAAAGGCUGAUCAGAAACUUUGAUCCCGCUCAAGCACCAAACUGGAUUGGACUCUCUGAUGCUCAGAAGGACGGGACAUUCUUCUGGUCUGACGGAUCUAAACUCUCCUUUACCUUCUGGGAGGAAGGAGAGCCAAACGACUUUGAAGGACCUGAACCCUGUGUUCACACCAACAGUGGCCCAGCCAAGAAAUGGAACGAUGCCCCAUGCACUGAUAAAUUUGCCUUUGUUUGUAAAGCUCGCCCAGCUUGUUAAUAGGCAACCAGAAUGUGAUUCUGGAUCCACUCAGUGAUUUUAAAUGUGUUGAUUAGAAAAGAUCCAACCCAACAUUGGUGUUAAAACAGGCUAAGCAUAUCUGGUAUUUGUUUUUCUCCUAAAUUUAGAUUUUUGUUUAGCAUUCUUUAUAAACUUCCCUUUGAUUUUAAAGCUUGCAGUUUGAUAAGUUUGUUACUCUUUAAACAUAGUGAUCAUAAAAUAUAUUGAAGUGCAUUUUUUUGUACUAAAUUUUCUCUAGAUAAGGUUUGUAAGAUGUUUUCCUUUUUGAUAAAAUGAAAAACAUUACAACUUUGAAAAAAUGAAUUGAAAUAAGUUUAGAUUUUAACCACAUUUGUGUGAGAAACCUUGCUAAGCGACAUAGAAAAUAACCUACAAAAUAAAAGCAGGAAGACAAUAUUCAAGAGUUCCUCACUACUUGUUUUUGGUUAAGUGCAAAACAUGAUAAUGUAACACAUUAUAAAACUAACAAAAAUACAUUAGUGGUCUGAUACACGUGUAAGUUUUAAGCAGAGAUGUUUACUUUCUGUGUGUUAAAGAUAUUUGAGGCAAAUUAAAGUGUUUUACUAUUCAUAUGUUUGUUGAGGUCAUAGAUUGGUAAAAAUAAGACUCUAUUGGAGCACAAGACCUGAAACCCAAUUCUACCCAACAACUGAAAUCUUACAUGCUAGAAGUCUGGCAAGUUUAAAAAAUUUCUGGAUUUUAGGUUUAAGAAA